AUGACAUAUGGACUGGAAGGUUGGUACGGCUGUUACUCUGUGGCGCAGAUCAAACGGGCAACUUCACUCCCCAGAAAGACCCGGUGUUGGAGUCGUGGUGUCACCAAGUCUAAGAAACAUCCCAGUGUCAUCAGCGACGGGACAUUGCGGCUCGUGGGUGACCUCAUAGAAGAGCGUCAGAGCUGUGGAGGAGAGGGACAACCUGAGCAGCCCACAACAAUACUGAAAACCUCAAACUACAUGAGAGACCACCACCAUGAAAAACUUUGA